AACAUCAGAAGAAGAAGAACAUCACAACACCGGCCUGAAACGGUUGGCGAUGCGGGGUUACAGCUGGCUAUAUUUCGGUUUUGUAACGAUAUUGUUUGCUCUGUACAGCUAAAAAUAUAACGAUGAAAGUUUGCUGUGUACUUGGCUGCUAUAAUCGCAUUUAUGACCGGCAUGGAAACCGAAUCUCAAAGGAUGUGCGAUUUUUCACCUUUCCAACUUGGAAAAAGCACUUUGGAACUCAGGUCUCCGAGAUAACAAAACGACGUCGCAUGGCAUGGGUUGCAGCAGUGAGACGGAAAAACAUCACCUUCAACAACGUUUCCCGAAACGCGGUUGUUUGUUCACGGCAUUUUCACAAAGGGAAACCAGCCUAUGAAAUGAUAGAGUGUGAUCCCGACUGGGCACCAUCAUUACAUCUAGGACACACAGAAGUUAAAGCAACGAACUGUGGGCGGUUUGAGCGGAGUCGUAGGAGACAGCGCGCGCUUGCAGGGAAAAACAGAGCACCUAACGUUACUCCACUGGAUCAAGCUGUAUACAAUGAAGAAACUAAGAAGGUGAUGCAGCAGGACGUAGAGAAGGAGCAAUCACGACAAGAUGACAUUGCACAAAAUCCUGAUAACCACCGUACACAAGAAUGUGAUCUCUGCAAGUGCAGCCAAGAUGAAAUUAACCGUCUACUAGAAGAAAACAGGCAGCUGAAGCAUAAACUUGAUAAAUCCAAAAUAACUGAGGAGUUUUUUAAGUAUGAUGAUGUUAAAGUAAAAUAUUACACUGGACUUCCAAGCUAUGACAUUUUUCAGGUUGUUUUGUCCGAUGUAACAAAGUUUUUGCCUGGAAAGUUUAAAAGAAAGUUGACAUGUUUUCAGAUGCUCCUUCUUACAUUCAUGCGUCUGAGAUUGGAUCUGCCCAUCCCGCACAUCGCUCAUCUUUUCAAUGUGGAACGAUCAACUGUUACUACUGCAUUUAAGCAAACGGUGAGUGUUUUGUACUCCCGCUUGUCUCCAGUUGUGCACUGGCCUGACAGAGAGAGUCUGCAAGUCAGUAUGCCGCAUCAGUUCGUGGAGAUAUUUGGAAAUCGUUUUGCUGCCAUUGUGGACUGCUUUGAAGUUUCUAUAGAAAGACCAUCAAAUCUUCAAGCAAGGGCACAAACGUCAUCAAACUUCAUCAGAGAUGGUCUCACACUGAAGUACCUCAUAUGCAUUACUCCACAAGGAGUCAUUUCUUUCAUCUCUAAGGGGUUUGGUGGGCGCACUAGUGACCAACAAAUAACCGAGAACUGUGGUUUUCUAGAUAAACUACUGCCAGGGGACAUAGUGUUAGCAGAUAGAGGGUUUGACAUUAAAGAGAGUUUGGGAUUUAUGUGUGCUGAAGUGAAAAUACCAGCAUUUACAAAGGGGCAACAUCAGCUGGAAGCAAAGGAUUUGGAGGACAUGACAAGCAUUGCACAUCUCAGGUUUCACAUGGAGAGAGUCAUCGGUGUUGUUCGCAACAAAUACAAAAUCCUUUCUUCAACUAUUCCUAUCAAUAUGGUGCUGCCAUGUGAGGCUGAGGAUGUAACAUUUUUAGACAAAAUAGUUACAGUUUGCUGUGCUCUGACAAACAUGUGUCCAAGUGUUGUACAAUGAUUACUUGAAACAUUAAACAUACUCUGCUGACCUGUGAA